AUGAAUGGGGCAGCAGCCCGCCGCAAUACUCUAUUUGUUUUAGAGGUCAGUGUCACACUGAAGGGUAUUCUUCACGCACCGAACCGGGGGCUUGGUGCUGACGUGACCAGAGUGCUCACUGGGGUUGGUGGUGGGAGCCGGGCUGUGAAGGAGUGCCAGCAGCAGAGGUGGUGGACACCAACAGAUGACAGGACACGGUCAUUUUUAGACCCAUCAGGCAGCACCAGCCACACACUCCAGCAAGGACGAGGGAGAUCCUCCGUGAAGGAGCUGUCGGCUCUGUACCUCUCGCAGACAGCUGCUGCUGCUGCCGCCGGCCCCGCACAGCCGAGUACUGUGAAGGACAACUCCAUUCACUCUCCCCACAGACAGAAAAAAAGCAAGCCCAUGUUGAAAGAAAUGUGUGCCUCCUGCCUGAAGCCUGUCUGCCCUGUGGAGCGUGUGGUCACUGACAAGGUCUGUGUGCACCACUCCUGCUUCUGCUGCCACGUCUGUGGGAGGAAGCUCAGCGUGCAAAACUAUGCUGCCCUCCACGGGGUGUUUUACUGCCAAGUCCACUACAAGCUGAUGGCUGGGGCUGGAAGCAGCAGUGAGAUGGAAAGGCUGAAGCACCACCACGGUGUCUUUGAUAAUUUUGAUUUUGAUUCAACCAAAACGGGCCAGGAGGCUUCUGAAAAAAUGAACAGGAGCAGAAAAACAUCAGGAGCUGAAGAAGAUUAUGACAGUCUGUCUUCUGAAGACUUGGAGAUGUUAAAUUUUGACCUUUCAGAGAAGGAGUUCUUUGUAUAG